AUGGCAGAUAAUGAGCAAAGAAAAAUAGAAAAGCACAACUUAUACCAUUUACUAAUGGAUCUGAAGCAAGGAUAUAAAAUUCUGGAAAGACGACCUUCCCACAAAUACAUAAAGUUUGGGGAAAACUACAGUGAAAACAGAAUUGACAGGAUCCACUGUGUGACUGAUAAGGCAAAUGGAGAUAGGGAAUGUCUGAGGCCAGGAGCUCUGCUCUCAUGUUUCUCCUUUUUAGCACUGGCAGGGCCAUGGGCUAAUAUAUGUGCUGGUAAGUCUUCCAACGAGAUCCGGACGUGUGACCGCCAUGGCUGUGGACAGUACUCUGCUCAAAGAAGUCAGAGGCCUCACCAGGGUGUGGACAUCUUGUGCUCUGCUGGAUCUACUGUGUAUGCACCAUUCACUGGAAUGAUUGUGGGCCAGGAGAAACCUUAUCAAAACAAAAAUGCUAUCAAUAAUGGUGUUCGAAUAUCUGGAAGAGGUUUUUGUGUCAAAAUGUUCUACAUUAAGCCAAUUAAGUAUAAAGGUCCUGUUAAGAAGGGAGAAAAACUUGGAACUCUAUUGCCCUUGCAGAAAGUUUAUCCUGGCAUACAGUCGCACGUGCACAUUGAAAACUGUGACUUGAGUGACCCUACUGCAUACCUGUAAAUGGAAGGCCAAUGGUCACAUCUUCAAAAUAAAAAGUCAUCUUAAAAACCUGGAUGCAUACCCCGCUCUUCAAGAAAUUUGUGUUCACAAAGGAAAAAUGCAUGAAGGGAUGGAUACUCCAUUUUCCAGGACUUGAUUACCAUACAUUGCGUGCUUAUAUCAAAACAUCUCACGUACCUCAUAAAUGUAUACACCUGUGUACCCACAAAAUUUUUUUAAUUAAAAAAGGAAAUUUGAGUUUAAAUAGAAACAUGAUACGUGCGAGAAAGAAAACAUUUUGAUUUUAACUCAUUGUCACGCUGAUGUUCGAGUGAACUGGUUUCUUCAGGCUCUUUGAUCUUUCCGUCACCCAAGGAAUCUGAGUGGUUUUGUUUUUUAGAUUUCUCUGUCCUGAAGAUCUAAGAUAAAUAAACAAGGGAACUUAAGCUGGGCCAGGCUGCAUUUUUGACACCUCUAAAACUAGCAACCUUUCUGCUUGAAAAUAAGAAAAAGCCUGAAAGUGUUUCUAUGGUACAAGAACAGUGAGUGGUUUACAAUGCUAGAUUUAGUAUACAUUCAAUACAUAUUCAAUGAAUACGUUGAGUUUAGGUAGUAGACUCUCAGCAGUAUCCUUAGGUUUAUCAUAUUGGUUGUAGAGAGAGCUGCUUUCCUGGAUAAUAAAGGAUUUGCUGGUAUUUCCAUCCACACUCGCCCACAUGAUUAUGAAUGAUGGCAGUCCAGGAAAACAUAUUCCAGAUUUCAGUGAGGCUGCACUACAGGAAGGACUAGAAUGAGAAUGAGGCCUACCUUUAUCUGAAGUGUCUCAUGGAACUGGGCCUGUCAACUUCAUCUAGUCGUAUGCAUAUUACAGCUACUUAUUUCUACACAUCAUUGUAUUAUAGCUAUGUUAUUCUGUGUUAGUCACAUUGACAACAGGUAUUAAGAGGAAACAAGACCAUACAAAUGUCCAAAGCACCAGAAAUAAUUCUGGCUUCUUAAGAGUUUAGCCAGUUGGUAAGAAAAUGAAUACG